AUGACAGCUACAAUUAUAGACGGAAAAGCUAUUGCACAAUCUGUUCGUGAUCAAGUCAAGUCAUCAAUUGCCAACACAAAGCAAACAUAUCCCCAAUUUGAUCCUCGUUUGGCCAUUCUAUUAGUUGGCUCUCGUUCUGAUUCGACUACUUAUGUCAAGACAAAGGAUAAGGCUGCUAAUGAAGUUGGCAUUUCAAUCGAGAUGAACAAACUGCCCGAGACAAUAAGUCAAGAAGAUCUUUUGGCUAAAAUAAAGCAGUUUAACCUGGAUGACAAGGUGCAUGGCAUCCUUGUUCAAAUGCCUUUACCUUCACAUAUUGAUGAAGACGUCGUGUUGGAGAGUAUUGAUUAUAAAAAGGAUGUGGACGGCUUUCAUCCUUUUAAUAUCGGCAAGAUGUGCAAGAGAGCAGGCAAGCCUAUGUUUAUUCCAUGCACACCAAAGGGUAUCAUUCAUCUUAUCAAGACCACAGGCAUUGAUAUCAGUGGCAAACGAGCUGUAGUUAUCGGUCGUGGUGACAUUGUUGGAUCACCCGUUGCAGCCUUGCUAACGGCUGAGGAUGCUACAGUGACACUUUGUCAUUCGAAAACUAAGGAUAUUGAACGUAUUGUUCAGGAGGCUGAUAUUGUUGUUGCAGCAGCUGGAAAGGCUGAACUUGUCAAAGGUAGCUGGAUUAAGCCUGGUGCUAUAGUGAUCGAUGUUGGCAUGAAUGCUGUGGAUGAUCCUACCAAGAAAUCAGGAUAUCGCUGGGUUGGUGAUGUAGAGUUUGAAAAGGCAAAAGAAGUAGCAUCCUUUAUUACACCUGUACCAGGAGGAGUAGGUCCAAUGACCGUUGCUAUGCUCAUGGAAAACACAAUGCUCAGUGCUCAACGCUGGUUAUCUAUAAAUGACUCCAAAUAA